UGCCCCUCUACAGGAAGGAAGCACAGCAUGCGUGGCUGUCACCAGGGGAAACCGUAUGUAUGUUGCAAAUGUGGGCGAUUCCCGUUGUGUGCUCUCAAGGAAUGGUCAGGCAAUUGAUCUCUCGAUGGAUCACAAACCAAACUACCGAUAUGAAAGAAAGAGAAUUGAAAAGGCAGGAGGACAAGUGCGCAUGGAUGAUAUCCCAAAGAAAGUUAUGGCUGACAUGAAGUUGGGCAUCCAUCGCAUUGAGGGAAUAUUACACAUAUCCAGAUCGAUUGGUGAUUUUCAGUUCAAGCAGGACCCAACUUUGUCGCGUCAAGAUCAAAUGGUGACAUGUUGUCCAGACAUAUGCGAUGUGCCGAUAACAAAUGAUACUCAAUUUUUUGUUAUAGCAAGUGCAGGUAUUUGGUAAGUCUGAGCUAAAAAUAACAUAAGA